AUAUGACAUUUCAUCAUCAGAACGUGACACAUGUUUAGAACUUUUAAAUAAGUUAGUUUAUAGUCAUUCAGAAAAUGAAUACGAUGAACUAUACAUUGUGUUCUGUGACACUUGCCCGCCAAGUGUAGCUGAGUAUUUUAACAAGAACUGGCACAACAUUAGAUGCGAAUGGACUUGUUACAGCAUGGUACAUGGUAAUUUAAGAAAUCGUACCAACAAUAGAUUGGAGUCAUUAAAACAAAAAAUUAAAGACGUUGUGCCACGAAAUAGCUCUUUAUGUUUAUUUCUUAAACAUUUUUUAAAUUGGUUAAGAUCUCAUUGUGAAGAGCGAAAUAGUAAAGUUGCAAAAAUUAUCUUGAAGAGACCAGUUACACAAUUUGAUGAAGACAGCUGUGAAAAAAAAUAUUUGGAUUUUCUAACACCUUAUGCAUACCUAUGGAUAUGUUCUAAAGCAAAUUAAUCUCAGUAAGAAAGUAGCUAUAACUGAAGAUGAUGAACAAUACAAGGUUAAAGUUAAAGACAUUAUGAUAUCAGUACAUACUGCUACCUGUGAAUGCUCCGACUUCUUAUCAAUGUUUUUACCAUGUAGACAUAUAUUAUCUUUAAGAAACUAUCUGAAAAUGGAUUUAUUUUGUGAAGAAGCUUGUGCGGAAAGAUGGAGAAAACAGUUUUAUCUAAAAAGUCAUAGAGUGUUAAAUGACUCGCAUAUAGAGAAUGUGCCUUCAUAUUCAGUUACAAAUGUGAAAACUGCGAAAAUUCUGAACCCAACCGAGAAACGAAAAAGAGCAAAUUUGAUUGCCAAUGCUAUUGUUAGUAUAGCUUGUCUUUCUUCAAAUUCACAGUUUGAAUAUAAACUUGACUGUUUAAAAAAAAUUGAACUUUUGUGGAGGCAAGGCUAUGAGGUAACGAUUAAUAAAGUAAGCAUGAAUGAAGAUGAAAGUGAGCACUCGGAAUUAUUACUUGACGAAAUUGUGAUGAAUGAAAUCCCAGAAACUUCUACUAUUGGGAGAAAUUUGAAUAUUUCCAUGAUCACGCAAGGUGCAGAAAAUUGUGGUGCUUCUAAUAAUGCCACAGUUACUCAAAGUAUGCACAAUUUAAUAAUUAGGUAA